AAGAAGCCUUGAAAACGACCAGAAGUCCCUUAAAAUCCAUCAUCUCAAAGUUGGAUUUACGUAAACUGGAUUUUGUGGAAUCACACUCAGAAUCAGUAGCGUUUUGUUUUCUCUUGUGGUUUUUGUUAUACGUUAUGGUGGUUCGAUUGAUUUUAAGAUUCUGAAUUAAGUAUUUGACUUGUCUGGAGUUUGAAAAGAUGAUGCUGCAUUUUCGAGAACCAGCUAAGCUUAAAACCAAGAAAGACCUCCACAAACUGGAACAGUAUCUACCAUUGCUGGAAAACUUGAUUUUUCAUGUUGAUUUGGUUAGCAGCAACCAGCAGUUAGUUCAGUGGACUUCAGAACUCAAAAUAAGAUGGUGUAGUGCCCUUAGCUCAUCAUCUUUUUUUAAUCUUUUGGGUCCCAAGUUUUAUCAAAUUGAUAAUUUACGGUUUGAGCUUGGUAUGGUUCUUUUCCUCUAUGGUGCAAUACUUCGAGAGAGAGCUCUAGAGGUCAUCCCGGCAGAUUUGGUGCAAUCUGCUGCUCUCUUCAGAGAAGCUGCAGGAGUUUUUCAACAUCUGUCUCAAGAGGUUUUCCCGUCUUUGCAGACAGCUUUGCCAGCUGAAAGGCCACCUGAAGCUACUUCAUAUAUGUCUGAUGUAAUGAAAUUAAUUUGUCUGGCUGAAGCCCAGGCAGUAACUAUUAGGAAGGCUGAAGAAAAAGGAACUACUGUUGCUCUUUUGGGGAAGCUGCACUAUGGUGUUGCAGAGAUGCUUGGUGAAGCCACUGAUAUUCUAUAUUCAUCAAAUGGAGAGUGCAAAGAUAUUUCAUCUCGCUUCAUGGAAUUUGUAUCAUCUUGCAAAGCUUUACAUGAAUUAAGGAGUCAGAAAUACCUUGCAGAAAGUCUAAAGGUUACUUCCCAAGUUGGGGUUGCUAUUGGAGUUAUUCGUGAUGCAUUGCAGAAUUCGAAAAAAAAAAUGCCGGGGGAAGAACCACAGAAAUCUGCCUUUAAAAAGGAAAUCGAUGCUGCUGCUGAUCUCCUUAUGAAGCUUGAACAUGAGAAUGAAUUUGUCUGGUGUGAUAAGAUUGCCAGUGGUGAUGAGUUGCCAUCACUCCAAGAGCCUGUCCUGUUUGAAACCUUGAAGCCAAGGUUAUUGUGCAGAAGGAGUGAUGUAAUGUUUGAGGGUUACCAACUUUAAAACAUUCUUGUACAUUUCUGGGAUUGGCCGAUGAGAAGAAGACAGCUCGAUUUGUUGUUCGGUCGAGUUGAAUGACCCAAGAUUUUGUGAUAAUUUUUUAUGAUUGAUUAUACUGGUAGGCUCUCCCUGCUCACUACUUAAUGGAAAC